GGCGACGUAAUAUUACCAGCGGGCAUUUCCAGUCAGGGCUUUAUACAUUAAAAUGGCUUUAGGUGAAAUGAGUGAACUAGUUUCAUGACUCGAUUAUUUAACAGACGGAACGUUGUCAGCGUUAGUAGUGUUCACUCGCAGUUACACACACCCCCCGUCUCUCGCGUUCUCUCUGUGCGCGUCAACGUAAACACAACAGUUAACGUUGGAAACGUGUGUAGUAACAAAUAAUGGAGGAAGAAGACAAUGUGCAGAACAUGGAUGAUGAUGAUCAUGACGAUGAUGAUGAGAGGGCUUUGGAAUGGGAAGAUGAGGUUAGAGACGUUCACUGGCUGGAUGAUGAUGAUGAUGGUGAUGAAGAGGAGAUGAUUUUGUCCAGGAAGCGUCCAGCGGAGCGCAGCGGUCACGUCGCAGUCACUGAUGGCACCUGUAUGUAUGUGUGGGGGGGUUAUAAGAAUGCUGAAGCUGCUGACUGGUACUUGCCAAAGAAUGAAAUCUGGAUAUACAACAUGGAGACGGAAGGAUGGAAAAUGAAGCGUUCAGAGGGUGAUGGACCGGACUCCAUGUCAGGCAGCUGUGGCACGUGUGUUGAUGGCGUUCUUUAUCUGUUUGGAGGUCACCAUACCACAGGAAACACAAAUUUGGUGUAUCGUCUUCCACUGAGAAGCCAAACACUCCGCUGGGAAAAGAUGAGCGACUUAAAGGGCCUGGCACCUACGAGUAAAGACAAACUGGGCUGUUGGGUUUACAAAAACAAGCUGGUGUAUUUCGGGGGCUAUGGCUACGCCGCACCGCCCGGUCACAGAGGAACCUUUGAGCUUGAUGAAAUGGGAAAUCAUGUGGGCAGAGGUUGGAACAAUCACAUUCACAUCCUUGAUCUCGAGACAUUGACGUGGAGCCAACCCAUCACAAAGGGAAAUGCUCCGUCCCCGCGCGCUGCUCACGCCUGUGCCACGCUGGAUAACAGAGGUUAUGUCUUUGGAGGUCGUUAUAUGGACCAUCGUCUCAAUGAUUUGCACUACAUCAACCUGGACACGUGGACAUGGAGUGAAAUAUGUUUUCCUCAACGCGGUCCGACGGGUCGUUCGUGGCACUCUCUGACCUCAGUGUCACCUGAUCAUCUCUUUCUCUUCGGGGGCUUCACCACCAACAGAGAAACGCUGAGUGACGCUUGGAUCUACUGCGUCAGUAAAAAUGAGUGGAAACCAUUCAAUCCUGAGCAGGCAGGACGUCCCAGAUUGUGGCACACAGCGUGUUUGGGUCAUGACGGUGAAGUAUUUGUGUUUGGAGGUUGUGCCAAUAAUCUUCUCUCAAGUGACCUAGCGGCUCAUAGCAAUGAUCUGUUGGUAUUCAGCGUGCUGCCCAAAUCACUUCUCAGGCUGUGUUUAGAUGCAGCUGUCCAGUACAGAAAACAGACGGAGCACCUGUGGGAUGUUUUACCCAAACAUCUGCUUCUUCAGCUCAAACAGAGAAUCAUUGGAGAUGCUUGAGGAUCAAAACCUCGCGAGACUAGACAGAAAAACAUCAGUGAUGUUUGGGCCUGACUUUUUGUAGAAAAACAAAAGGAUUUACAAAAGAAGAUAUCUGGUCAUAACAAAAAUAUGUUAUUUCAACUUUUUAACCCACGUUCAUUAGCUAAUGUCCCUGUAUUAUUGUUGAAUUUUUUUAUUGUGGUCACAUUACAGUUUAUAUAAUAAAAUUUGCUCAAUCAAAUACAAACCAUA